UGAAGAUUUGGAUUUUUUUUUUGGUUUUUUUUGGAUUUUAAUUUGAAAUUUUUUGGUUGAUGAAGAUAAUGUCGACUGGUGAUAAUAAUAAUAAUAAUUCGAAUGCUGAAAUUGUUGAACCAAGAUUAUUUACAUUGGAAAAAGAUGAAGAAUUACGUUUCGAAGUUGAAAAUGAACCAGUUGAAUGUCAAUUGAUUGAAGGUAAAGCUGAAUUGUUUGGUACCGAACUGAGAUUGGAACAAAAAUAUACGUUUCGAAAAGGAGCUAAAGUUGCCGUUUUUACUUUUCAUGGCUGUAAAUUAAAACUGUACGGGACACCUGAAGUAGAAUAUGUAGCCAGCGAAACACCGAUGACUAUUUAUCUUAAUCUGGCUAAUGCAUUGGAAGGUUUACGUGUCGAUGCCUGUAAAGAAGAUAAACCAGGACCAAAUGUUAUGGUUGUCGGACCGACCGAUGUUGGAAAGACUACAUUUUGUCGAAUAUUACUCAACUAUGCUGUACGUAGUGAUCGUACACCAAUCUAUGUUGAUCUAGAUCUUGGUCAAGGUUCGUUAACAAUUCCGGGCAACAUUGGCGCUGUUGUGAUCGAAAAACCGGCCGAUAUUGAAGAUUCAUUUCAGAUCACCGCACCAGUUAUAUUUCAUUAUGGCCAUCUAACACAGAGUAAAAACACAACCCUAUAUAAUAUUAUUAUGAAAGCUUUGGCCGAAGUUGUUGAACGUAAAAAAAAUAAUGAAUCUUCGAUUAAAUAUUCGGGCACUAUUGUCAAUACAUCUGGAUGGGUUCAAGGAUAUGGAUAUCAAUCCAUUUUACAAGCUGUUGAACAUUUUGCCACCAAUAUUGUUCUCGUACUUGAUCAAGAACGAUUGUAUAGUGAAUUGGUAAGAGAUUUAAAAUCGAAAAAGGAAAUCAAAGUAUUGCUUAUACCUAAAAGUGGUGGUGUUGUUAGUCGAUCUCGUGAAUUUCGUUCCGAAAUGCGUGAUCAAAAAAUUCGAAGCUAUUUCUAUGGAACGGAAACAAAACCAUUAUAUCCUUAUUCAUUUGACAUUCCAUUUGCUCAAUUUACUGCCUAUAAGAUUGGUUCGCCUAAUUUACCUGAUUCUUGUUUACCUAUCGAUGAACGACAAAAUCUGGAAAAAGGUGGAAAAAUUAUAAUGCCACCAUCAGCUCUACAUACACUUACACGUUUAAAUACGGUUUAUCCAAUGUUAUUUAAAUUAUCGAAUAAAGACAAAAAUCGUCACACUCAUUCGGGUGUUUUGGAAUUUAUCGCUGAAGAAGGUAAAGUUUAUUUACCGUAUUGGAUGAUGCGUAAUUUAUUGCUGGAUGAAGGAUCAAUGUUACAUGUACAAAGUGUUUCAUUACAGGUGGCUACAUUUUCAAAAUUUCAGCCACAAAGUGUUGAUUUUCUUGAUAUUCAUAAUCCGAAAGCUGUACUGGAAAAUGCAUUACGAAAUUUUGCCUGUUUAACCACUGGUGAUGUUAUUGCUAUCAACUAUAAUAAUAAAGUCUAUGAAUUGAGUGUUCUGGAAACCAAACCCGGUCCAGCAGUUAGUAUUAUCGAAUGUGAUAUGAAUGUCGAAUUCGAAGCACCGAUAGGUUACCAGGAACCUAAACGACAGAAUAAAAAUGAUUCGAACCAAGACAAUUCAAUGGAUGAUGAAAAUGAUGCGACCAUGAUUGAAGAUCCAAAACAAUUGCAACAAAAUCCAUUUCAAGGCAAAGGUAAUCGUUUGGAUGGAAAACAGCCCAAAGAAACUACAACCACAACUAAUCCUAUGCCAAGAGAAGUGGCAAAAGGUGCACCUGAUUAUAAUUAUCAAAUUGGAACGAUAAAAUUCUGGAGACUAAACAAUCGGCCAGCUAAAUCUACAUUAUUAUCAUCAUCAACAUCAUCAUCGUCAUCUAGUACUGAAACAUCAACGGUUGAUGAUAAAAAUAAUCAAUUCAAACCGUUCAUAGGUGAAGGACAGACAUUAUUUAAAAAGAAAAAUGCAACUUGAAAUAAAUAAAAAUAUUUGAUAUUUUUUAUUGAAAAAAAAAAUAAUUUGA